AUUUGGGAAUAGUCUUUGUCCUCACCCCGCAGUACAGCACACCACUGGAGAAGGACACGGGGCUCCUCGCAGGAAAAAAAAGACUGGAUGGCUUGAUAUUAAGAAGCGGGAGGCCUUUCUUUUAAUAACGAGGCGACGAAGGAAGAGCUCUUGGAACAACUUUAAGGACCUUAAAUCACAACUGAAGGUUUGAGAGGUUCCCUCCUGUCCCAGAACCAAAAUGAGCUGGAGUUUCCUUACACGUCUGUUGGAUGAAAUUUCCAACCACUCCACCUUUGUGGGCAAAAUCUGGCUCACCCUCCUCAUUGUGUUUCGCAUCGUGCUGACAGCUGUCGGGGGCGAGUCUAUCUACUAUGAUGAACAGAGUAAAUUUGUGUGUAAUACGGGGCAGCCUGGUUGUGAAAAUGUGUGCUAUGAUGCCUUUGCGCCACUAUCGCACAUUCGCUUCUGGGUGUUUCAGGUGAUUAUGAUCACCACCCCCACCAUCCUGUACCUUGGCUUCGCUAUGCAUAAGAUCGCCCGCAUGGAGGACGAUGACUAUCGGCCCCGGGGCAGGAAAAGGAUGCCGAUAGUGAACCGCGGUGCCAACCGGGACUACGAGGAAGCAGAGGAUAAUGGGGUGGAUGACCCGCUGAUCCUGGAAGAGAUCGAGCCAGAAAAGGAGAAGGAAGUCGUGGAGAAACCUAGCAAAAAGCAUGAUGGACGCCGUCGCAUCAAGCGCGAUGGUCUGAUGAAGGUGUACGUGUUUCAGCUGCUGUCCCGCGCCAUCUUUGAGGCCGCGUUCUUGUUUGGACAGUACGUCCUUUAUGGGCUGGAAGUGGUACCGUCGUAUGUAUGCACGCGCUCUCCUUGCCCGCACACAGUGGAUUGCUUCGUCUCCCGUCCCACAGAGAAAACAAUCUUCCUGCUCAUCAUGUAUGCCGUCAGCGCUUUGUGUCUGCUCUUCACCAUGCUGGAGAUCCUUCACCUUGGCAUCAGCGGUAUUCGAGACUGCUUUUGCGCACCACGGCCUCGGCCUCCCACCCCCCGUCACCCAGCUCUGGCCAGCCAGAGGUCUUCCAUCUGCCGCCAGCCCUCUGCGCCUCCAGGCUACCACACAGCUCUGAAAAAGGACCCAUCAGGAAAAAUGGGCUUCAGGGAUAACCUGGGAGACUCUGGUCGAGAGUCGUUUGGGGACGAGGCUUCAUCACGAGAGCUGGAGAGGCUGCGUAGACACCUAAAACUGGCCCAGCAGCAUCUGGAUAUGGCUUACCAGAAUGGGGAGAGCAGCCCGUCACGCAGCAGCAGCCCAGAGUCCAACGGCACUGCAGUUGAGCAGAACAGACUGAAUUUUGCCCAGGAGAAGCAGAGCAGUACGUGUGAGAAAGGUCUCCGUGCAUAGGUUUUCAUCAGCCCAGCUGACACUACAGACUUAAACUCACAUCAGGAUCAGUUAGAAGACAAAAGGGAAUCAAAGUGAGAGUGUGUGUGUGUGCGCGUGACAUGAAUUUGCUUGAGGUGGAUGAAGUCAGCCCAAGCCUUCCAGUGUUAUGGCCAGUCGUGGCCGAGCAUGAAGUCGAACAAGGAGGAGACUGGUUGUCUCAACCUAGCAAUACUUGAGACACCAGCCUGUCUGAAGAUCCAAAGUGCUUACAAACUACCGUUGUGCAGCGGAACGGUUAUGGUUAACAUGUACUUCUCCCUCAGGGCAGCUAUUGUGUUUUUAAUAUUUUUAUUACGAGACUUAGAGCUAUUAGUCAUUUUUAAAAGUUUGUCCUCUGUUGGAAGUUCAGCGAGUGCAUCUCAAGUUUGCCUUAGACCUAAACUGGAACUCUGUUUUAUAUCAUUUUGAUAAAGUAAGGCUAAGCCAGAUGUAGUGCGUAAAACAUGGUUAAACUGUAAGAAUCAUUUUUCUUUGUGAGGAAGUGAAUCAUUGAGUGAGUGCUCGUAAAUGCAAACAAAAGUUCAAUAGACAAGGCACUACUCAUAAAAAAAGGUACUGGAGUUAUUGUUAUGCUGAUGAAGACUUUUUAAGGUGUUAAUUUACAUACAAAGGUUUCUUCCAAUUGUCUUGACAAUGUUGGCACUGCACCAGUCAACAUU